AUGUCUAAAUCAGUGACUUCGGAACGAAAGAGAAGACGGUUCGAAGUAGAAUGGGAAGGUGAAGACGAAGACCUGCGAACACGCGUCUUGAUGUCAGAUAACUAUACGACGGCGCGAUACCGUAUGCUUAUGAUUUCGGCAAUAAGGAAAGAUAUCAGUGAUGAGUUCAAACAGCUACUCGAACUACAGAUGAAAGUCAAGUUCGGGGAGUAUGAUGACGCUAUCAGUUACUUGAACGAAGUAGUUCGUGACAACCGGGAUUUUAUCUUCAAAGUUAUAGAAAUGGUUGCUGAUGAAUAUGAGCAACGAGGAGUAGAAAAUAUGGAAGGAUAUGGAUGCUUUUUUCAAAACUACGAGAUUGAUCAGGGCGUGGCACUGUUCCGAAAAGCAGCAGAUGCUAAUCCGAAAAAAGCCUCUGCGGUACUGCUAGCGUUUCUCGCAAUGCGUCCACAGGCCUUCAACGCUGUUUCGGGUAUUUUGAUGGACACAUUGCAUAAGUCUCCAGAGCCGCCACAUGGUCUUUGUGACAAAGACACAAGGAAAAAGUGUGAUCGAAAUGCUAACAAGUUCAUCGGCCUCACGUACCCCUUCUUCGCAGCUGUUACAGCAAAACUCGGACUACCGAUAUUUGGAGCAAAAGUUGAACGCUCUGGAGUGCUGUUGGAGAAAAUAGUAGCCAGUUUACCAGACAAGUGGUCACCACCAGUGACACGUGUGGUUGCUUAUGCCUUGUGCAUAGCAAGACUAAAGAUGCCAUCCAUGACGUGGAAUUCAUUUCUGCUGUUGUGGCUCCCUUCUUUCAAACCGACUCGUCAGAAACAAUUCAAAACCGAGUUUGAACAGAGCAAAAGUUUCAUGGGACAUGGUGUGUUCAAUUGUUUAGCGACUCUAUGUCGUAAGCUAUCUCCAUUAGCUCCUGAAUUUCGUCACGGGUCGAAUUUAGCAGGAUUAGAUGAUACCGUAUAUCUCAUCGCGACUUGCUAUUUAUACACUCGUCAGUAUGAGAAAUGCAUUGAAUUGAGCACUUCGGAAUUGGCGCAAGGGAAGGAACCGAAACCGCAACUGCUUGCUGUGAUAGUUGCCGCUUAUGUUCAGCUCGGCAACGUACAGGCUAUUAUUCGAUCUGCUGUGAGUUUCUUACCAGAGAUAAUUAAAAACAGCUGGUGGACGCUGGAGCCCAUGAUUGCUGAUGGUGGAGCGACUGUUGAGGCACCUUUCUGGUUCAUUCCGUGCUCGGCUGCCGGUCAUUGGCUCGCUAGUAUUCUGUUGAGAACACUUCGAUUACUGCUUUCCGAAGCAGCUGAUGAUUUGCUGAUUUCAACAGUAAUGGUGCUGUCGCAAGUCGAUUUUGCUUCAUUUGGAUUUGCAGCUUUCAAUGAGGCGAUCGCAAUAGCAGAGAGCAAAGAAUCGUUCAAAAGCGUCGGUAUAUUCGACUUCAUUUCGAGUACUGCUGUUCUGGAUCGCUUAUCUUUCAUGGCUACGCAAAGACCGCAAUGUUUCCUGUCAGAAUCGUGUGGGAAGCACUGA